GUGGAUGGACCCUUGGACGUGCACCGCAUCAGGGAAGGGCAUUUCCGAAGACAAUACGAAGGCGGACGUAAUUAUGGAUCGGGCCACGAAGGCAGCGCGAGGCCUGCCUCUCCUUUUGUUACCACACUCUAAUCCUUAUAAUACUGACCCCUCUUCCUGAUCCAACUGUCACAGUGCCCCGAACAAUAGCCAGCCGCGGCAUCGCGCAGACCGCGUCCACCAAUCCUCAGGCCGCUCCUGUCCAUGCCUUCGUCCAACCUACAGCUUCCACACCUCGUUUCCUUCUGCGCGUCCUUCGAGCUCAGGACGAACCGACAUUGUCGCCCGGUCACGAUCGCUUCCAAGAAGUGGGCCGCGCAGUGCCCGUAUCUGGACCACGAAGAACGCCAAGCGGUCGCCGGUCUGCAGCCCGGCCUCCUCGCCUCGCUCUGCUAUCCGACAUGCGAUGUCGCGCAGCUGCAGUUCAUCGCACAAGUCCUGAUAGUCGUGGUGCAUUGGCUGGACAAGCCAAAUGCGGCAGGAGACGAGAGAUUCAUCGACCAAGUCUGCGCAAAGCUCCCCCGGGAUCGGCAGAAGUCAUGGCAGCCACGAUUCCGGCGGCACCUCCAGGCCUUCCGUGGCGCCCGGGUACUCGUCCAGACGGACAACGAACGCGCCGUGGUCCCUGACUUGGAGUCGUAUAUCCCCCUCCGCCAGGAAUCCUCGUGCGCCAAGAUCCUUCUGGACAUGAUCGAGUAUGCCGUCGGACUACACGUCCCCGACGAGGUGUACGAAGACCCCAUCCUCAGACAACUGCGGAGGAACGCAUAUGAUGUUAUGGCGUGGUCCAUAGACAUCGCCUCCGUCGCGAGCAAGCAGGCGACGAACGACAAGCACAACCUCGUCCUCGUGCUCAUGGCCGAGCGCCGCCUGACCCUGCAGAGCGCCGUGCACGCCGCCGGCGCGCUCGUCAAGAAGACCGUCGGCGCCUUCCUCGAGAACGAACGGCUCCUGCUCGCGCAGCUGCCCUCGUUCGGGCCGUGCGUCGCCGCGGACGUGCGCCGCUACGUCCAGGGCAUGCGCGACUGCAUCGUCGGCCUCACACACUGGCUCUACGAGACGGACCGGUUCUUCGGCGACGCAGGGGACGACGUGCGGGACCUCGGCUGGGUCUUCCUCCCGUCGCGGUGACCGGCCAGCUCGGCGGCGGGAGUUGGCUUGUUGUACUAUAUGUACCAUGGUUCACGCUCAUCAUCGCUCUCAUGCUCUGACACGCGCACGGACUCGUGUAGACUUACAGCGCUACUUACUACCCACAUACCACCAGACUCGGCUACGGGCACCUUCGUUCCGCCGCCCGCCCCUUAAUUCUUGAUUAACCCCCGCGUUUCGCAUUAAUGAUAGACGGUAUCGUGUGUACGUAGCAUCCUCCGCGGCACUUGACUGGACCGGACGAGGAAUAGGAUCCUGAUCAUUGGAGCUGCUUGCGGACGAUGCCCUGGCUGGCGGCGAGCCGUGCAAAGCGGCUGUCUGGGCGCGCGAGGAGGUCCUCAGGAGUACCAUGUUCGACCAGCUCGCCGUCGUCCAUGACGAGGAUCACGUCGAAGUCGACGAUCGUGGCUG